GACCAUGGUCACGCUGAUGACCUGCCAAACUAUGGCGACGUAAACUUCUGGACCGAGGUCUACACCCAGCAGAGGGGGCGCGAGAUGGCUCCUCAGGAGUGGCUGGUCUCAUACCCGCACUUUGUCGCACAAGGCUGGCUGCGCUUCUUUCCCUCGAAGGCAUCUCGAAUUCUGGACCUGGGCUGCGGAGACUCCGAGUUCAUGACGGAGGCUUAUGAUGAUGGCUACGAGGACAUUACUGGAGUCGACAUUGUACCUGAAGUGCUGGACACCAUGAGGCAGCUGAAUGCUUCCAAACGUCCUGGGAUCAAAUACCAGCUUGCUGAUGCGAGAGAGCUCUCGAUGUUCUCUGACAACUCCUUCGAUGUGGUCUUUGACAAGAGCACGCUGGACGCCCUGAAGUGCGCAGGGCCGGAUUCAACGAGCAUGAUGUCAUCUGAGAUCCACCGAGUACUGUCAAGCGAUGGGGUAUACCUCUGUGUGAGCCUCAACACGCCUGAAGAGGCACAACCGGCCAUCGCAAUUCUGCAGCAAAUGAAGUCCGGAGAAUGUUCUGCAGUCCUUUGA